AUGUCCACCAACGACCUCCCACUAAACUUCAGCACGACGGAGCACGACGCCCCUGUCACUACUGGGGCGCUGGGGGGCGCCGAAUACACCGAGAGCGAGCUCUUCAUGCUUGAAAUAGACCGGGCGGUCAAGGUCUACUACUCGCUGGUCUUGGUGUCGGUCGGCACCGUGUUCAACAUCCUCUCCAUUCUGGUGCUCAACAGGACGGCCUUCAGGCACUCCACGACCUCCGUCUACCUCCGCUUCCUCGCCUGCAUUGACAUGUUCGUCCUCUACAACGGUCUCAGCCGCCAUUUUGUUUCCGGUAUCUCCAACUACAACAUCCGGUAUUUGAGCAACUCCUUCUGUAAGUUCAACCAGUGGUCGAGUUCGUUCGCUCCGGAUAUCAGCGCGUGGAUCCUGGUUGCCGUGACGACGGAGCGGGUCAUGUCAAUCAUUUGGCCACACAAAGUCAGGGUCAUGUGUUCCAGGGUCAAGGCUGGCGUUGUUGUCACCGUCAUAUCUGUCGUCAUAAUGGCCGCCAACCUUCACCUGAUGUUCUUCUACGGCAACAAAGAGACCUUUGACCCCGCCGCCAACCGUACAGCCGAGUCCCUGUGUGUCCUGCUGGAGCCCGGCUACGAGAGCUUCAUGUCAGACGUCUGGUACUGGCUGGACCUGCUCAAGUUCGUCCUCCUCCCCAGCUCCAUCCUCAUCAUCUUCAACAUCCUCAUCGUCAUCUUCGUCAUCCGCAGCCGGCGACGAGUGGAGAAAAUUAUGACCAGAGCUCCAGCUUUAGGUAGGUCUUCCGCGUCAGCUCUCAGCGCUGGGAGGGCCGAGGUUCGAACCACGGAGCCGACACAGCUGUCGACCAGCAGCGUCUACAACAGACGGGUCAACGGGCCGAACAAGGAGGUGUCCUUGACCUUAACCCUGCUGGCCAUCAACGCCACGUUUGUGAUCUGUAACACACCUAUCAUGGUCUACCUGCUGGGCAGCGAACGCUGGUUCCCACCUGGGUUCUCACCUGCCGAGCGGCUGACCCUAACGGCCGCCGUCAUGGCCAUGUACACUAACAAUGCAGCCAACUUCUUGCUCUAUUGUGCCACAGGUUCGCGAUUUCGCGCCGAGACGCGACACAUGUUUUUGUCGCUCCGGCACAGGUCGCUGGCUAGCGGGUCGCGCGCCAUGAGAGACAGCACCGGAAGUGACAACGGGAAGAACUUCCGCCUGGAGGAGCAGCUGGCUACAGCAUUAGGCUCCAGAGAUACAUUCUGUACGGAGCAUUCCAAGGUUUACUAUUGA